GAGAACCAAGGUACCCAGAGAGACAACAGCCCAGCACCAGGGGACAAGGGGAGACUACGACAGCCCAGAAUCAGGGACAAGACCACUGCCCCAGAUCAAAGCACCAAGGACAAAGAGAGACGACAGCCACAGACCAGCACCAGAGCACCUAGGGACAGGGAGAGACUAGUUCCAGAGAUGGCCUCGGCCGGCCUGGAGAUCCUGGGUAUGAUCCUUUGUGUGUCAGGCUGGUUAGGGGUCAUGGUGGCUUGUGGCCUGCCAAUGUGGAGAGUAGCUGCCUACAUUGGCCAGAACAUCGUCAUCUCUCAAGUGAUCUGGGAGGGCCUGUGGAUGAACUGUUCUGUCCAGAGCACGGGCCAGAUGCACUGCAAAGUCCACGACUCCAUGCUUGGACUCCCUGUGGACCUACAGGCGGCCCGUGCCCUGGUCAUCGUCUCUAUGGUGCUGUGCAUCAUGGGCAUCGGCCUGUCUGUAGCCGGGGCCAAGUGCACCAACUGCAGCUCAGACACAGGCAGCAAGCCACGCAUGGUGCUGGGAGCCGGAGUGACCUUCAUCGUGGCGGGGCUGUUGCUGCUGACGGCCGUAUCGUGGACGGCUAACACCAUCGUCUUGGAUUUCUAUGACCCAAUGAUGGAGGAGACAGGGAAGAGGGAGUUUGGGAACUCACUGUAUUUUGGAUGGGCUGCCUCCUGUCUGCUUCUCCUAGGGGGAGCUCUGCUCUGCUGCUCCUGUCCCCUGAAAGCACCCCAGGGUGUUAGCGGGGUUGGGUCUGGACCCAACAGGGUGAUGAACUACUCUGAGGUCAAAUACCCCAUGUCUGUCAAUGGAUAUGUGAGGAGGGACUAUGUGUGA